AGCAGAAUCACGGCAGCAGCAGCAACUCCUUCCCCCACUGCUCUCCGCCUCCGAUCGAUCCCACCGGAGCACCACCCGCCGCCGCCGGUCGGAUCGGAACGGAGCGGCGAUGGAGGCGGUGAAGAACCUCCUGAAGCCGAAGCCGACGCCGCAGCAGCAGCUGCGCGAGUGGCAGCGCCGCCUCCGCAACGAGGGCCGCAACAUCGAGCGCCAGAUCCGAGACGUGCAGAAGGAGGAGAAGAAGGUGGAGAAGGCCAUCCGGGAGGCCGCCAAGCGCGGCGACAUGGGAUCCGCCAAGGCGCUGGCCAAGGAGGUGGUGCAGUCGAGGAAGGCGGUCAACCGCCUCUACGAGAACAAGGCCCAGCUCAACUCCAUCUCCAUGCACCUCGGGGAGAUCGUCGCUACUACUAGGACGGUUGGACAUUUGUCGAAGAGCACGGAAGUGAUGAAACUUGUCAACAGCCUUAUGAAAGCCCCAGAAAUAGCUGUCACUAUGCAGGAAUUCAGCAAAGAGAUGACAAAGGCUGGCGUAAUGGAAGAAAUGGUGAAUGAUGCCAUGGAUUCAGCACUGGACGAUGAGGACAUGGAGGAGGAGAUUGAGGAGGAGGUUGAUAAGGUCCUGUCUGCAAUUGCCGGGGAGACUGCAUCUCAGCUUCCUGAUGCUGUCCGAAAACAAAAGGAGAAGGUGACACAACCUUCGACAAGCGAACCUGCAAGGAGAACUGCCGUAGCGGAAUCCGUUGACGACGACGAGGAUGACCUAGAAAAGAUAAGGGAGAGGCUGGCCAAAGUGAGGUCGUAGAAGAGAUGUGGUGCGCUCAUGUGUACAAUAUAUAAGUCCAUUUGGUUGGUAAUCUGACAGGGGGACGCGCUUGUCGCUGACAAACUGGUUCACAAACGUAAAGUUGUUGGAUCUCUGUUGUAACCUGUAAGGAUCACCGUGCGAGAUGUAUUUUGUUUGUUUCUCUAUAUCUACUUGGUGUGAAUACAAUACGUACAUACAGAUACUGUGUCAGCAAUAACAUCCAGAAUGCACCCAAGUAUUUUAUGCA